GUUUUGAUUAAUUAAUUUCUUUCUCAGUUCACUUCCUUGUUAUUUUUGCGUUGUUAGAUAACUUCAAUGUGAAUUUGCACCGUGUUACCGCAUUAUUUAAGCAAAAUUAUCAAGUUUCUUCUGAUAGAAAAGGCCUUAUCACAGAGCUGAUGUAUUAAAACCGAGAAAACCUAUCACAUUGUGGGUAUUAUUAUGCCUAACAGUGGCCGAGCCGUACUGUUGUUGCGGAGGUUUUCAUCUGGAGAUGGCAAGUUGAAGAAUAUAAAUCUUAGCCAGAAUUCUUCGAAGGAACCCUUGGCUAACCCUGUUUGCAUUCACCGUGACUUGAACUUGCCUAAAAGAUACACCACAUUUGGACCCAGCAAAGUACCAAUAUUAACAAGAAGCUUCAGUGACAACAUUAUAAAAAUGGCAACACCUAGCGGGGAAUCCAGUCAGGGGUCUGAAAAUCCGAAACACACCAACUCUCUCAUUCAUGAAAAGUCACCCUACCUCCUACAACAUGCUCACAACCCAGUUGAAUGGUAUCCGUGGUCACAGGAAGCCAUUGAUAAAGCAAAGAAAGAGAAUAAACUAAUAUUUCUCUCAGUCGGGUACUCCACUUGCCACUGGUGCCAUGUCAUGGAGAAAGAGUCCUUUGAGAAUGAGGAAAUAGCUAAGGUUAUGAAUGAACACUAUGUGAACAUCAAGGUUGACCGCGAGGAGCGGCCGGACAUCGACCGAGUGUACAUGAUGUUUGUGAUGGCCACAUCAGGUGGUGGCGGCUGGCCCAUGUCCGUAUUCCUCACCCCUGACCUCCAACCUGUCACAGGAGGCACCUACUUCCCUCCCACUGAUCGCUACGGAAGACCCGGCUUCAAAUCAGUACUCCUAUCCAUAGCCACUAAAUGGAAAAACAACCAAGCGCAAUUUGAAGAAGUGGGCGCUAACGUUAUAGAUGCUCUCAAAAAGAUUGUUAUCAGCGAGAAUGGCUCAAAUAUGACUGUGCCAGGGGAAAAUGCUUGGAACAAAUGUGUCAAGAGGUUCACCGAUUCUUUCGAACCGGAAUUUGGAGGUUUUGGCUUAGCCCCAAAGUUCCCACAAGCUUCUAUUUUAAACUUCCUCUUCCACUUCUACGCUCGCGACAAAAGCAACCCACAGGGGAAGAAAUGUCUGGAGAUGUGUCUGCACACUCUCACCAAAAUAGCUAAGGGCGGCAUCCACGACCACAUAUCCAGCGGGUUUGCGCGAUACUCUGUUGACAACGAGUGGCAUGUGCCUCACUUCGAGAAAAUGCUUUACGACCAGGCACAACUAACCGCUUCCUACACUGACGCAUAUCUUGCCACGAAGGAUGAGUUUUAUGCCGACGUGACUAGGGACAUAAUCAAAUACGUCAACAGAGAUCUGAGGCAUGAGCUAGGAGGCUACUACAGUGCCGAGGAUGCUGACUCGUACCCGACCGCCGACGCCACUCACAAGAAAGAAGGAGCAUUUUGUGUCUGGGAAUAUGAUGAGCUUGAGACCCUACUAGAGGGUAAAGUCGUCAAGGGUGUCCCAUACCUCGACAUUUUUUCCGACUAUUUCGGAGUGAAGGAGGAAGGCAACAUAUCUCCAUCCAGCGACCCUCACGGAGAGUUGAAAGGCAAGAAUGUGCUGAUUGUCUACGGAAGCAAAGAAAAGACUGCGCAAAAAUUCAAUCUAAGUCUAGAGGAGUUUAACAAGGCUAUAGCUGAAUGUGUCGAGAUUCUGUACGCCGCCCGUCAGAAACGGCCGCGUCCGCAUCUGGACACCAAAAUGCUGUGUUGCUGGAACGGCCUGAUGAUGUCAGGUCUGGCGCGAGCUGGUCAAGGACUGGGGGAAAAGGAUUACGUAGAAGACGCCAUCAAAACUGCAGAGUUCAUCAAACAGUACCUGUAUGAUGAAGAGACAAAGUCAUUGAUUCAUUCAUGCUACAGAGCUGAGGAUGGGUCGAUAACGCAAAUUGCAAAACCAAUCCGCGGCUUCCUAGAAGACUACGCCUACCUCAUCAAGGGUCUACUAGACCUGUACGAGGCGUCGCUAGACCAGCGCUGGCUGCAGUGGGCGCGGCAGCUGCAGGGCAGGCAGGAUGAGUUGUUCUGGGACGCGCAGAGUGGAGGGUACUAUACUUGCGCGGCCGGUGAUGCGACCGUUGUGUUGAGGUUGAAGGCUGAGCAAGACGGCGCCGAGCCCUCAGGCAACUCGGUAUCCUGCCACAAUCUACUCCGCUUAUCCGCAUACGCUGACAAGAGCGUGGCGCUAGAAGGAGGCGCUAAAGAACGGGACAUGGCGAGGAAGCUGCUCACCUUCUUUGCAGAGAGACUCAAUGACACGCCCACGGCGCUGCCUGAGAUGAUGUCUGCUCUUGUGUUUUACACUGACUCUCCUACACAGGUGGUGAUAUCGGGCGGGUGCUCGGACCCGCGCACGCUGGCGCUGCUGCGCGCCGUGCGCUCGCGCCUGCUGCCGGGCCGCGUGCUCGCAGUCCACGAUCCUAGCCUGAAUGAUACACUGCUGAGCCCCAAGCACGACCGUCCAACAGCCUACGUGUGCCGCCGCUACGCGUGCUCGCUGCCCGUCACCGACGUGAAGCAACUCGAGGACUUGCUGGACGAGGACUUGGGGAAAGUUAAACCUAAAAGGAGUUACUUCAGUGUGUUGAAAAAAUGUCUUAGCUUACGAAUUAGCAACCACUCUUAUGGUAUUCAAAAACGUUACAGCAAUCAUUUGAACAGUGUGUCCACUCUUAGGAACAAUAUGAAAAAAAUCUACGAUUGUGAUCAGUUGGUGAAUGAAGUCUGAUAGUAGGUAUUGUGAUAGUAAAACAAAAUAUUUUGGAAAAAAAAAACUCCUGUAGGUAGUUGGAAAACAAACCUAGAACAUACAGCGUACCUAACAUAGAAUAGCACAUGUUUUAUUAAUUACUUUUUGCUAUAAGCAAGUUUUAAAUUAUAAAAUUGUAACGUUGUACAAUGUGAUAUGUAUAUUUUAUAAUAAAGUUGGAAUUGUUAAAAUAAA